AUGACUGCAUUGACAUUUACGAGCACCACUCACACGAAGGCAGAUUGCGACGCCCCUUCUAGGAUACAAGGCAAAAGAAGAGACUAUGAAUGGCAAAUAGUGUGGAGAAACGUGCUAGCUUUUGUUUAUCUACACGCAGCUGCAUUAUACGGAAUUUACUUAUUACUGACUGGCAAAACGAAGACACUUACUUUUCUAUUUGCUUUGAUAUUCGCAGCAAUGUCAGCGAUGGGUGUAACAGCAGGUGCACAUAGACUUUGGGCGCAUCGAGCUUAUAAAGCUCGAUGGCCACUCAGACUGUUCCUGGCCGUCAUGCAAACAAUGGCCUUUCAAAAUCAUAUAUAUGAAUGGGUUCGCGAUCACAGGGUACACCACAAAUUCACGGAGACAGAUGCGGAUCCACACAACGCUCGCCGUGGCUUUUUCUUUUCUCACAUAGGCUGGCUGAUGGUGAGGAAACAUAAAGAAGUGUUCGAAAAAGGAGCUACAGUCGACAUGUCCGAUCUUGAGAAAGACCCCAUCGUUAUGUUCCAGAAAAAAGCAUUUUUGGUGGUGAUGCCGCUGCUUUGCUUCAUUCUACCUGCAUGGAUUCCUGUGGUGUUAUGGAAUGAGAACCCCUGGUCUUCGUGGUAUGUGGCCUCCAUUAUGCGGUAUACUAUCAGCCUGCAUUUUACCUGGCUAGUGAACUCUGCCGCUCACAUAUGGGGUAACCGACCUUAUGACAAAUACAUAGGAGCUACUGAUAAUAUGACGGUAGCAAUCUGCGCAUUCGGCGAGGGCUGGCACAAUUAUCACCAUGUAUUUCCAUGGGACUAUAAAGCCGCUGAACUUGGAAAUUAUCGUACAAAUUUAUCAACAGCUUUAAUUGAUAUCGCCGCUAAAUAUGGUUUAGCGUACGAUCUCAAGACUGUGUCAGUAGAAAUGAUUCGGAAGCGAGUCGCAAGAACAGGCGACGGUAGCCAUCCCUACAAUAAGGAAAUUGAGAAAGACGAUGAUGAUCAUUAUCAUCCAGAAAACCCAAUAUGGGGGUGGGACGAUCAAGAUAUGACCGAGGAAGAAAAAAAGUUUGCGGAAAUCGCUCAUAAAAUAGAC